GUGACGGGGCCCCGGCCGCCGCUGCUUUGUGAGAGGCACAUAGGCAGGUAACGAGCGGCGGCGGCUGGUCCGGGGCGCGGCGGGAGCAGCAGCGAUUUUCUAUUUUGUACAUACGUUGUUUUGUAUAUACUGUAUAUGAUGACUUCAGUGGGCAGUGAACGUUCCCGGGGCACUCGGGAUAAAACUCAGAUUUCAACCACGCAGAUGACACAGCCACAGAAACAAAUAGUACAGGCAACAGCUGAACAGAUUCGCCUCGCUCAAAUGAUCUAUGAUAAGAAUGAUGCAGACUUUGAAGACAAAGUUAAACAGCUUAUGGAAGUAACAGGGAAAAACCAGGAUGAAUCCAUAGUAGCCCUACAUGAUUGCAAUGGCGAUGUGAAUAGGGCCAUCAACAUAUUGCUAGAAGGGAAUUCAGACACGACUUCAUGGGAGACUGUAGGUGGUAAAAAGAAGAGUAUUGGAAAAGAGAGCUCAGAAAACAAAGAGAAUAGAGAAAAAAGAAACGAUAAAGAGACAGGUCGUGUACGUGGAAGCAACAACCGGCGGGGAAGAGGUGGCAGUCGUGGUAGAGAUUUUAGAGGUGAAGAGAACGGAGUUGACUGCAAUCCAGGGGACAGGCCUUCAGAUCGUGGCAAGCGUGGCCGCAUUAGAGGAUUUGGACGUGGGAGAGGGAGAGGGGCAGGGCGUUUCUCAUCCCAAGGUAUGGGGACAUUUAACCCUGCAGACUACACAGAUUCUUCAGCCACUGAUGGCUUUGGGACAAAACCAGAAGUUUGGGAAGCUGGCCAGAAUGAUACAGAUGAUGGACCUGCAGGGGCAUGGAAGAACUCUAUGGAAGAGUGGACAACAGAAGACUGGAAUGAAGAUCUUUCUGAAACGAAGGUAUUCACUGCUUCUUCUGUUCCAGCUGAAAAUCACGUCACACCUGGACAAAGCAUUGACUUGGUAGCCUUGCUCCAGAAGCCUUCUACUUCUACCCAAGUCCCAGAAGUCAGCUCAUUUGAACCUCCACAACAACAGGGCUUUGGCCAAGCCCUCGUCUUCACAAAUUCUCAACACAACACUCAGAUGGCAUCAGCUACUAGCAACUCGAGUACUGUCAACUCUUAUUCUCCCCAGAGUCUGUCUUCAGUUCUUGGUUCUGGAUUUGGAGAGCUUGGGUCAUCAAAGAUGGCAAACUCUACUGGUUCCCAGAUCUUGGAGCAGUUGAAAUCUCCAAGUUUGGGCCAGUUCAGCACGCAGAGUUCACAGCAAAACAGCACUAGUCCUCCUACAACCACUUCAACCUGGGAUCUUAAGCCCCCAGUUCCCCAGUCCUCUAUAAUGAAUCAGUUUGACUUCAAAUCUCAACCUGAGCCAUCCCCAGUUCUGAGCCAGUUGAGCCAGCGACAGCAACACCAGACCCAGCCUAUCCCUGUUCCUCCUCCUGGGAUGGAGAACUUCUCCUCCCAGGUAAAACUCCGAGAAAACUCCAGAGACAAUGCCACAGCUGUGAACAAAAUGCUGCAGCUCCCCAGCAUAUCUACAGAAAACCAAGCAGUGUCUGCCCAGCAGACUCAGCCAAAACAGAUCAAACCCCCAAAACGGAGAGUACCCCCAUCUUCCAAGAUCCCUGCAUCUGCAGUGGAAAUGCCAGGAUCAGCAGAUGUUACAGGGUUAAAUGUUCAGUUUGGAGCUCUGGAAUUUGGAUCAGAACCUUCUCUCCCUGAAUUUGGAUCAACUUUGAGCAAUGAAAAUAGUAAUCAGGCCCAGAUCAGCUUGUAUCCAAAACCUGUAAGUGAUCCUUUGAAUACCUCUUUGCCAAUAUCCAAUACAGUACAGGAGUCGACCUAUACAACCUCCGUCAUCACCUCUUCCAGUUUGACCAACUCAUCUCAGAGCACUAGUCCCGUUACAACAUCUUCCUCCUACGACCAGAAUUCUGUGCAUAGCAGGAUAGCAUACCAAAGCUCCAUGGCUCCAUCUGAAACAACUUCUAUUGCUGUCACAAUGCAGAAUGGACAUGGUGGUGUUCGAACUCAGCAAACUCUAGACACUACUUCAUCUGUUACAGCACCGAAGACAACAGAAACCUCUCCCUCUCUCCCGACUCUGGGCUCUCUGCCAAGCACAGCUUCCGGUACUACGCUUCUGCCUUCAGCAACCCCACAUACAGCCACAUUGCCUUCCUUGCCCCAAUCCUGUGACUUGUCCAGUGGCUCCCUCACUCAGCUAAGCAGUUCACUGUCCAGUCAUCAGAACAACCUUUCCUCCGCAUCAUCAGCACUGUCAUCAAGUACUUCACACACACAUGCCAGUGCUGAGAACACAGCCUCGCUUCAGCCCUCCGCCACCUUCUCGGCUGCUUCAGCCUCUGCCACCAGCACCACCUCUUCAGUUGUCAGCAUGGCCAACAGCAUGAACACUACAAACAGCCUGGGUCUGAGCGUCACCAGCGUCUCUGUGCCCAGUGCAACCACCAGGGCGGCGCCCUUAAUUUCUUCAGGCAAAGCUCCCCCCAACCUACCACAAGGUGUCCCACCCCUUCUUCAUAACCAGUACAUUGUGGGUCCUGGAGGACUCCUGCCUGCCUACCCACAGAUUUAUGGCUAUGAUGAUCUCCAGAUGCUCCAGUCCAGGCUACCAAUGGCACCUCCUCUACUGAUGACUCCUUUUCAGGAUUAUUAUGGAAUUACAUUCCCUGCUCCUGCGACCCUCACCGGCAGAGAUGGGAGCCUUGCUAAUAACCCAUACUCAGGUGACGUAACUAAGUUUGGCCGUGGAGAUUCUGCAUCCCCUGCUCCCACCACCACUUUGGCUCAGCCGCAGCAGAACCAAUCUCAGACCCACCACACAGCGCAACAGCCUUUUCUCAACCCCACGCUGCCUCCCGGCUACAGCUACGCUGGCCUCCCCUACUAUGCUGGCGUGCCCAGCGCCUUCCAGUAUGGGCCAACGAUGUUUGUCCCUCCUGCUUCAGCUAAACAGCAUGGAGUGAAUCUGAACACCGCCACUGCCCCCUUUCAGCAGGCCAGUGGUUAUGGCCAGCACAGCUAUGGAGCAGGUUAUGAUGACUUGACCCAGGGGACGGCAGCUGGAGAUUACAGCAAAGGAGCCUAUAGUGGUUCAUCACCAGCACAAAACAAGUCUGCUGGUUCUGGACCUGGAAAAGGGGUGUCAGUGACCUCAAGUAAUACAGGUGUGCCUGACAUAGCUGGUUCCGUGUACAACAAGACUCAGACAUUUGACAAACAGGGAUUCCAUGCGGGCACCCCACCACCAUUCAGCCUGCCCUCAGCCCUGGGCUCCACAGGCCCACUGACCCCUGGUGCCGCUCCGGGUUAUGCCCCGGCCCCGUUCCUGCAUAUCCUGCCUGCCCACCAGCAGCCCCAUUCCCAGAUGCUACAUCACCAUCUCCAGCAAGACGGUCAGGGUGGCUCUGGCCAGCGUAGCCAGCCCAGUACCCUGCAGCCAAAGUCUCAGGCCACCAAGCCCACCUACGGCAGUUCUCCAUACUGGACAAACUGAGCCUCCGGGGGGGGAAGGGGGAAGACACUGGACCUGAGAGGAGAACCAACACACAGAAACCAAUUCUUGGAAACGGGCAUCAUUUUAUCAGAAGAAUACUUACGGAGAAACAGUAACUGUCUCAGCCAAGAGUCCGUCUAGGGGGAGCAUCUAUCUGCCUGCCCCUGAUUCACUGUUGUAUGUAAUAUAUUUAUGUAUGUAUUUGUAAAUGUCAUAGAAACCUACAUACUUGUGGUGUCUACAGCCUGCAGCCGUGUGCACUCCGUUGGGAAAGAGGAUCCUCCCCUUCCCCCUUUGUCUCUCCUUUGACCCCAACUCUCUGGGCUUCCACUCUGACCCACUUGUUCUGACAGGGGCAUGGGAGGGGAGUGGGAGGAGGGGGGAAAGGGAAGGGGACCCUCAGCCAAGGCAGUUCAGGUUUGGAAAGGCCUAGUACACAUGAAGAAUCAAGGUUUUGUUUUGUUUUUUCUCUCUCUCUCUCUCCCUCUCCCUCCUCCCCCCCAUCUCCUCACUUCCCUUCCAUGCCAUUGAGUUUUCGUUCCCUAUGUUGGUUUUGCUGUUACUUUUUUUUAAACCACCAUUUUGUCAUUUGUCCCAUCCCAUCUCUUCCCCAGCCUGUUGGCGUUCACUCUGGCCGGAUGACAGGAGAAGUGUCCCAUCCCCUCCCUAAGGUGAAAUCGGACAUGGGCCAUGUGUCUGUGUAGGGGAGGCCCCACCCUCCAAGAACUUUUUUUUUUUCCAUCAGGACCUCAGCCCGUAUAGUUCCUGAAACUGUCUCUGUCCCCACUCUUGUACCUGGCCCAUGCCCACAAAGUAGGGCCAACUACUCUCCCACCCUCCCUUUUAAAAGAAAACAAGCUCCCUUCAACCCAAGAGGAACACAGGCUUUGUUCCUACUGUCCUGCACCAAAUUGGGUGACUGUUUCAGAAGUUUCGUUUCUUUUUAGCCCAAACUCCACAUAAUAAAGUUCUGAGAGUACAUAUA